AAACAAAACAAUAAUGCUGCAACAAGUGUUAAGCAUUUAAGCCGCUUUUCUACGGUUUCAUGCAACAAAGAGUACAAAAAUGUCCUUUAAUUUGCAAUCGACUGUGCAAUGCAACGAGCUUAAAAUAAUCGUAUACGUUAGUUUAAGAAUGAAUUAAGUUAAUGUCAAUAUUUCAAAAGUGUAUAUAUAUUGUUAAGUUUAGCAAUGCAAGAGUGUCAGGAAGCAGCUGCAACAGCUGCCUCCGACACAGCUACUGCAGAAACAACAACAACUGCCGGCGCCGAAGCUCUAUCGGGCUCAGCUUCGGGCAGCGAUGCAGCCGAUACUGGCUCAGAGGAGCGUAAUAGAUGCCAUACAGGUGGUCUGCAACAGGAACGACUUCACAACAGAAGUAAACCACCGAACUGGCGUCAGAUGAACUCCUCGAAUUAUAAUGGCCAGCCCUGGCCAAACGAACGCAGGAGGCAGUCAUUUAACAAUAUUAAGCAUUUCAACAAUAAUAAUUGGAACCCAUACAUCCAAAACCCAAACCAAUUUUAUCCGCGAAAUAGUUCUCGUGGUUUAUGUCGUAAUUUUAGGCAAGAUAGGCAAUUUUGGCAUCCAUCGCUAAAUUAUUUAGGAGACAACAACAACAAUUGGAAUCARCCAUCUGAAAGACGAGAUUUUCGGAGGGGCUCAUCGUAUCGCGGAAACGCCGGAUAUUAUAGAAACUCAAGUACGAAUAGAUCAAAUACAUUUGCUGGGGACAGCACAGGCAGAAAAUGGGAGCCCACAAAUAACGGGUAUAGCAAUUUCAUUUCAUGUAAAAGAUCUCAAAGUCAAGAGCCAUCACACGAAACACAGACCCAAGCGGGCGCAGAAGAAGAAGAAAUUUGUUCGAAGAGUAAAGAAAUUCAAUUGAAUGAACAAAGUGGCGAGAGCAUAAGUAAGUCAGAUAAUAUAAUUACUGGCUCUACUGCAGAAAAGCCAAUUGAAAGUGCAAAAGAACAAACUGUGAGCAAAUUUCAAGAACAAUCUCAAAAUAAUAGCCGUAUAUCAAAAUCUGUCGAACAGCUAGAUCAAAUCAAAAACCAAAAUAAACCCCGAGUGCGCUUCGAAAGAAAGAAUGGGCAAAAUAAUAUUACAAUACAAUUAAAAUCUACAGAAACUAAAAGAGAAGAAUCCAACAGCAAGAGGGAACAAACUAAAGAAAACGAAAAAGACUUAAAGGAUAGCGAGAAGCAGGUAAACCCAUGUCCCAAAAAACUAAAUAUCAGUAACAGCCACUUCAAAGUAAGGCCGAUUAGGAACAAUCUACCCAGUCCCGUGAGGCGCCAAAAUGCAGCCAGAAGUAAUACGAAUCUAGUGAAAACAGUUGAACGCAAAUUAAGUAAUACAGAGCCUAAGAAGAGCUUAGGACCUCAUCAAGAUACAGCGCCAUCUAAACCCACAGAGAGUAAGCAGCCAGGGCAAGGCGAAGCAGGGAGCACAGCUAACAAUACAUAUCCCAAGACUCAAGUGCGACCGCUGGCUGAGCUGCUGAAGCAGGAAAUAAUUGCGGUCACUCAGGAGCAGCGACUGGAAACCGCCACCGGCACAGCAGGUGCUCUCAGCGUUAACCCCGUCAAACCUGGCCAGCGGCCAACGGUCCAAAGUCGUCGUCGAACUGUCAGCAACAACAAUCACAAUGGCGGCGGUGACUAUAGUCUCAAUGAGCGUCUGGCCAAUAUGGACAAGGAGAGCCUGAAGAACAUCAUCAACAACAGUGAUACGAUAUACAACGAGCAUCUGAAGUUGCAAGCGCGACGACGUCUGCGCGAGGAGAUACGACGGCAGCUGAAGGAAAUUGAAUUGGAACAACCAAAGGAUACGCUAACCAAGGAUUUGAUCGAGGACGAAAUCGUCGAGUCCAUCAAGUUGCCACCAUUUUUGCUGCAAGAGAUUGGAAAGUGUUUCGGAAUAGACAUAUCAGUGGGUACAACGUUAGAUACUAACGCAUCAAAGGACAACAAGGAGCCCUGCAACAGCUCAACAAUUGAGUGCGAGCAGGCAGGUAAGCCGAGCGAAGUCACUAAUAAGGAUAACGCUCCAACUCAGGAGCAGAGCACAGAGCUAGCCGAGAGCCAGGCCAUGGGAAGCGCCACGGACUUAAUGGAGCGCCUGAAGGUGGCCGAGCAAUUCAAGAUGAUGGCAGCCAAAAAAUGUAGGAAUAAACAGGCAGGUGAAAAGCCCAAAACUUCCAGUUUACAGAGCAAGUCCGCUAAGAUUUCCGACAGUAUACAAAAACCUAAUCCGCAAAGAAAAGAGACUGAGAGCAGUGCUCCUGCACAAGGGCAACAGCCACAGCAAUCGCAGAAGGAGUCGAUACCAGUGGAGACAGUGAAUCCUUUGUCCAUUAAACAGGAAAUUCAAUCGCCAUCAAAGAAUACGCCGAAGAGCUGCGGCAUUAUUGUUGUGGUCAGCUCCGAGGAUGAGGACGAAGGGGAGCAUAUUACUGUUAAGCAACAGUCGCAGCAGAAGAAGAAAAAGCGCACUGCUGCUGCCGUAAGCGACGCUGAGAGCGAUCACUCGAACUCGUCCAGCUGCAGCACGGACUCCACCAAGCGUCGCUAUCAACAGAAACUGGAGAGCGAUGCCAACAACAUUGUCGACAGCUUCGAGAAACUGAUAUUGCCGCAGCUGAAGGAGUCGCUAGCGGAACGCUAUCGCAGCAGCCACUGUGCCAGCCUGCAAAGUCGGCUGCACUUCAUCUCCUGCGUGGUGACCAGCAGUGAGCACAACUCGCAGAGCUUCAGCAAAGCGGAAGUGGCCAAGAUACAGCAGAAUAUCAAAUCAAACGACUAUCGCGAGGCCAUUGAGUUCCUGUUGCGUGAAAUCGUGAAUGUUGUCAACCUGCAGAAGCAAACCGCAAUGGCGCGGCGCAAACAAAAUUUGGAGAGGGCGAUGCCUAAUGAGCUUAUGGCCACAUCAGCCGCUGCCAAAAAUGCUGAGCCCGCGUCUGAGCCACAUCAAAGAGAAGCCGCUGGGCCGGCAGCCGCGGCAUCCGCUCAAGCUCAAGCUGUGAUGCCGCCCACUCCGCCGCGGAAUGGCACGCCCACACCAACAACCGUUGCAAGUGUGGCACGUCCGCUGCACACAUUGCCGACGGGUCUGCCCUACAUGGGCUUGGACUCGACUGUGGCGCGUCUAUCGCCUGGCAGCUUCUCGCCCAACGACUCGAUCAUGCUGAUGGGCGAUUCCGUGACGCACGGUCUACUUGAGAUCGAUCGGCGGCUGCUGGAGAAUCAAAAUCGUCGUGGGUUUCUCGAGGAGAUGAUUAUGAAGUUUCAGCGCGAGAAAUCCGAUUUGGAGAUGCUCAGCCUCGAGCUACAGAAUCGCAAGUUCCUGCUGCUCAACACGGUGAUUUCAAGGAAUCAAACGACGACAAUGCCGCCACUAACCACCGUAACUCCCACGAACUCACCACCUGCAGUGCCAACUACCAAUCCAGCACCAGCAACUGAAGUAGCAGCAUCCGCAGCAGCUCCUGCUAAAUCUGAAAUCAGCCCUCGUAAGCGAAAGCGUCGCGCCGUCGUCGUGAAACGUGUCAAGAUCGUAAAACGUAGACGUCUAGUCAAAAGAUCAACAGAUCCCACGCCGAGCCAUGCAGCUGAUAAGAAGGUUGCAUCCAAAGAGACAGAGACGGAGCCUAAACCCAGUAUACCCCAGCCCAUAACGCUGCAGUUGAAUAUCAAGCAAGAGCCGAUAGAGGCGCCAAAGACGCCACCGCCGUCAACUGACUCAAACCCAACUGUAAUUGGCAACAGCCCGCAGUAUCAGCAUUUGACCAGAUCUGAUUCAGCCAGCUUGGCACAGCAAACGAUGGCAGUGGUACCACCGCUGCCACCACCACCGCCGCCRCCGGAGCCAUUCGCCAACAUGUCACAGUAUGAUCUGCCGCGCAUGCUGCUAAAGCCGACUGCGCCACCACCGACACCGUGCAGUGCAGAGUCUCAAAUGGCAGCGAACUUGGAGAGCUAUAAUUAUGACUAUAUAUCGACCGGACGAUUGCAUAACAUCAACUGUCCCAUUACCCAAAUUCGCGUCUACAAGGCGUACGUCAUAGCUGCCUCGGAAAAUGGCGAUAUCUUCCUGUUCAACAUUGGCACUCACAAGCUGGAAUUUCAGAUAACCAAGCACAGCGAAGCUAUUACGAAUAUGUAUCUAUGCGAGAAGGAAUCCUACUUAUACACCACUUCUUUGGAUGGUUUCUUCAAGAAAUCCUCUCUAGAGAAUCUGGAACGUGUAAUGCAGACAGUAUAUCUAAAGGAACCCCUACAAUCUAUCGACAUCGAGUGGGGCGUUGCGUUUAUCGGCAGUCGUUGGGGCAAUAUUUUUACCUAUAAUAUAGCGGCUAAUAAAGUGAUGGAUCUGCCGCUGCUAGCAACUGGCCAGUCCGUCAUCGCCAUUAAGGCCACCAAAGAGGGCGCUCGCAAUAUAAUUAUAUUGGGCUGCAAGGGAAAUGUUGUGCUGUUGCACGAUGCGGCAACUGGUUUGCUGUUGCGACGUCUUGGCAUGCCCGACGGCCUCAAUGUUUACAGUCUGCUGCUGGUUGAUGGCCAUCUCUUUUGUGGCACCCAGAAGAAUGAGGUGUUCAAGUUCGACUUUGCCACUGGUUUGGUGACCAGCACAUUCACUUGCGGCAAUGGUGCCGUUACCAUGGCGUUGUAUAAAGAGAAUUACUUGCUCAUUGGCUGCUACGAUGGCUACAUCUAUGUGCUGAACAAGGAAACUGGCUUGCAACUGGGUCGCUUCCCUGGGCCUGGACGUUUGGUGCUUGCUCUGGCCCUAGCUGGCGAUAAGGCCAUCGCCUCGUCAAAGGACAACGCCCUGGAGAUACUUCAAAUACCGCCAGAAUUGUUGGCCUACGACCAGUCGACUUUAGAAUAA